AUGAUCCUUUUUGUGGAUGACCUCAACAUGCCUCAGAAGGAAUUCUAUGGUGCCCAGCCGCCCAUAGAGUUGCUCAGGAUGUGGCUUGACCACGGCGGGUGGUAUAACCGUAAGGAACUCCUUUUCAAUAAGGUCGUCGACAUGGUCCUUGUGGGUUCUAUGGGCUGUCCAGGAGGCGGCAGGACCUUCAUCACAGAGAGGCUCAAGAGACACUAUCAUCUCAUAGGGUACACCGAGCUGAAGGAACAGUCGAUCAGUGGUAUCUUCAACACGAUUGCCAACUACUUUUUCAAGGCUUUCGAUGAAGAAGUUCAAACACUCGUGCCAAAGAUGGUUGAUGGAAUCAUAGACGUUUUCCAGAAGAUAGGAGAGACGUUGCUGCCAACACCGGCUAAGAGUCAUUACACAUUCAACUUGAGGGACAUCUGGAAGGUCUUCCUAGGCGUAUGCGGUUUAUCCAGACAGAAAGGGAACAACCCAAUGAUGGCCAUCCGCUGCUGGGUUCAUGAGAUAAAUAGAGUUUUCGGCGAUAGGCUUGUCGAUGAUAAGGAUCGUGCAUGGCUCGAGGAACAGGAAAGGGAGAAGCUCCGAGGGUACUUCGACGUGGAUCCGGAUGAGGUCUUGAAGGCCGACAGGCUAGUCUUUGGCCGGUUCAUGGACGUCGGAGCGGAGGUGCAACACUAUGUUGAAAUAUCGGAUAUGGAAAGGAUGAAACAGGUCAUAGAGGCAUAUUUGGAUGAGUAUAACAGCACAGCAGUCCAUAGGAUGCCUCUGGUGAUGUUUCUGGAUGCAUGUGAGCACGUAUCUAGGAUAAGCAGAAUCCUCGAUCAACCUCGAGCUAAUGCCCUCUUAUUGGGUGUUGGUGGUUCGG